UUUAUGAUUAUUCUUUUGUUUCCAUGCAUUACUUUACAAAAACAGAUUUUAAAAUACACACAUUUAUUCACACAUACGAAGUACAAUGUGUGUUAAAACGAGUUUUCAAUAUGUUACUAGUAUAUUUAAUAUAUUUAAUGCUUGAACACUCAACUCUCUUCUAACCCACAACAAAAACCCUCUUUUAAUCCGUGUAUGUAUGUUUGUGUCUAUAAUUAUACAACCCCAGAAGCUUGGUUUAGCUGGAAGAGAUUUGAAAGUAGCCCAUUUGCAGAUCUUGAUUAGUCUUUGUGUUCAACUGUUCAAUUGACGUUGACAAAGUUGCAGAUGGAUUCCGUUGAAUCGGAUUCCUAAAAGUGCUCCCAGUUCUAGUUUCUGUGUACUGUUAUGGGGGUUGAUAAACAAGGGUCCAAGACAGGAGGUGGUUAUGUUGGUGGGUUCCUCCAUCUUUUUGAUUGGAAUACAAAAUCUCGGAAAAAAUUGUUUGCUAGCAAGUCGGAUCCACCAGAGCGAUUGAAGCAGAAAAAAAGAGAUGAUGGAAACUAUCUAACAACGCAGUUACAUCUGAUGGAUCAAGAUGAUAGUCUAGCUGGGUCCAGUUUUAAAGGGAGUAGUGAUUAUAGUUGUGCUUCAUCAGUAACAGACGAUGAUAUUGGCGGGAGUAAGGCUCCUGGAGUUGUUGCCAAGCUUAUGGGAUUGGAUUCCUUGCCAACGUCCAACUUUUCUGAGGCCUACUCUACCCCAUUCUUUGACUCGCGUUCUCUGAAAGAUUCUUACUACCAUAAAAGAAGUGAGGAAUUUAAUGACAACCAUCCAAUCAUGCACUCUGGAAACAUGUUUAAUAGAACGCAGGAGCCUCUUAGGAAUAACAUAGAUUCAAAGCAACAAAAAACUGUAAGCAGUCCAUUUAAGAAGUUUCAAACUGAAGUUUUGCCUCCCAAAUCAGCGAAAUCAAUUCCACUCACUCACCAUAAGCUUUUGUCUCCUAUUAAGAGUGGAGGAUUCCAUCCAUCUAAGAAUGCGGUGCAUAUAAUGGAAGCCGCUGCUCGGAGAAUUGAGUCAGGAUCCCAGGUUAUUUCCAAAGCAAAAAUGCCUCCAGUUGGGUCUUCAGUUCCCUUGAAAGUCAGGGAUUUAAAAGAGAGAGCGGAAGCUGCCAGAAGACCUUUAAAGCUUGCUGAAACUUCUCAAAAACCAGCUGAAUCAAUUGCUGUCAAAAAUAUCAAGGGACAAUCCACUGAUAAGAAUUUGAAUAGAUCGCUAGAUACAAAGACAUUUAUAGCUUCCUCAGAUUUAGCAGAAAGUUCAGUUGGCUCGCGGAAUAAGGGGAAAUCUGUAUCACUUGCACUCCAAGCAAAGGUUAAUGUUCAGAAAAGAGGACUAACCCCUAAUUGCAACCGAAAUUCAGUUGGUCUGAAAGAACAGGGUGAAGUAACGUCAAACCAGAUCUUUAAAAGUCAGCCGAGUGUGCAAAGGAGUUCACAUAAGAAGUCUCAUACAAGUAAUCCUCCAUCCGUACUUAGGCAGAAUAAUCAAAAACAAAACUGCUCUACUGAGAGAGAAAAGGUGGCUUCAAAAUCACUGCCUUAUAAUAAUAUACAAGGUAAAAAGGUGAUAUCUGGAGAUUCUUCAGUUGGGCGGCAGAGAAGCUCGAGUAAAAAUUCUGGAAACAGCAAAGUUGGUUCCAGAAAGAUUGGGCGUGAGAUAAUUGAUGAUGGUAAAGAUCUUCCGUAUUCCAGUACAAGUGUCACCAGGAAGAAACGGUGUAUAGAUGGAGAUUUUAACUUUCAGAAAGACCGGGCUGUUGUUGACAAUGAAAAUAAUGGAAAGGCAACUCAAUCUGAUGGUGUGAUGGACAGUAAAUUCAGUUGGGCCGAAGACAGCAAAAGAAAUGGAAUGGAUGUUAUUUCUUUUACAUUUACAGCUCCAAUGGGGCGCUCUUUGCCUGUUCCUGAGACCUCUAGGGAUGUUUUGGAAAAAAAUAAUGCCUUUUCAGCAGAUUUCGAAGGUAAAAAGGUAUUUUUUAACUCAGGUGGUACUAAUGGUUUAAGGUCGUCUUCAGUGGGAUGUAACGUAAUAGAAGGUGAUGCUUUAAGUGCUCUACUAGAACAAAAGCUUAGAGAAUUAAGUCUUCGGGUAGAGUCUUCCGGUCAUAAAACAGGAGAAGCUGGUAGUUCUGCUUCAAGUUUUCAGGAUCAGACACCACUAAAGACAGUAGCAAAGCCAACAAAAUUACAUGUUGAAGGAAGCAAAAGAGGGUCUUGGACAGACAGCUUGGAUGAACAACAGAGUCCUGUAUUUUCUUCAACUACUUAUGAAAAAGGACGCAUUAGCAAACAUAAGCUUCAGGAUGUGGAAGAUAUGUUUGAUUGUGGUAUAAGCAGUAGUGAAGCCAGAAAAAUGCUCAGCUGUCGAAAUCCAAGUCCAGUCUCUAUUCUUGAACCUUCUAUCUUUGCAGAAAGUUGCAACUCUACAGAUACAGGAGAUAGUUUUAGUAUAGAAGGUCUUGUUAGCAGCAAGCAGUGUUCUUCAUCAGUUCAAGGACAAGAUGUAUAUGACAUAAGGUGUUCAAAGAAAUUCCAUGUAAUAGAAACUGAUGCAGAGUUAUCAGAUUCAGCGUCUUCAUCAUCUACCAGAGUUGUGGCUACCAAGCAUGCGAAUAUAGCGGUGAUCGAUGCUGUCAGACCAGUGAAAUGGGAACUGGAAUACGUAAAAACAAUAUUAUGCAACACUGAGACGAUGUUUAAGGACGUUUCAGCUGGUCGGACAUCUGAAAUCAUAGACCCCCGUCUUUUUGAUCAGCUAGAAACUCAAAAAGGAGAGCUCUGUUUACAACGGAAAGUUAUAUUUGAUUGUGUUGGCGAAUGCAUGGACUUGAGAUUCCGAAAGUAUGUGGGUGGAGGAUACAAAGCAUGGGAGAAAGGACUGUCAAUGGCAAGAAGAGAGGACUGGUUGGCAGAGGAAAUUCAUAGGGAGAUUUCCAGCUGGGAAGCCAUGGGGGAUUGCAUGGUAGACGAGCUCGUCGAUAAGGAUAUGAGCAGUCAAUGUGGAAGGUGGCUCGACUUCAGUGUCGAAGCAUCUGAACUAGGAGCAGAAAUCGAGCGCCGGAUACUGAAUUCUUUGCUCAAUGAAGUUAUCUCCGAUAUCUUGGUACUCUAGCCGGUUAAAAAAUGCUUGCAGCUUCAUCACAACAUUAUAUGUUAGGCACAGCUUCUUUUAUAGAACUCGGCUCCCGGGCACAUUCUUGUCUACCCUUGUAUCAACUUGUUAAUAUUUUGCUCUGUGAUUAAAACUAUUUAUAUCUUGGCAAUUCUCUGUAAUCUGGAAAUACUUUUGAAAUCAUAUGAUAGCAAACUAGCAGUGAAAAGUUGGAAUUCCA